AUGGUCGAAAUUGGUGGUGUACAAAUUAAGGCGAUAAUUGAUUCCGGUUCCAGCUGCAACAUUGUGGAUAGGAAAACGUGGGAGUUCUUGAAACGAAAUGACAUACAAUUCAGGGACGAGCCAAGGAAAACAGAACUGUAUGCCUAUGGAUCUAAGACACCACUGAAGACUGCUGGUGUAUUUUGGUCAACGAUUGUUAACAAUGGGGUAGCGAUAGAUGAUGCAGAAUUUGUUGUCAUUGAGGGAUCUGGACAGUUCUUAUUAAGCUGUGAUACAGCUAUGCGACUUGGUGUGAUUAAAAUAGUGCGUCAAAUUGAAACCCCGGAAAUAUCGGAUGUUGUUAAUAAGUACAAAGAAUUAUUUACGGGACUUGGAAAACUGAAAGGUUAUCAACUUGAAGUGCCCAUUGACCAGGCUGUAACACCUGUAGUGCAACCGACCAGACGUGUGCCAUAUCAGUUACGAGAGAAGUUGGUAGCUUGA